AAUCUUCCUUUGGUAACCAGGCAAAGCCUGCAGCUGCGUACUGCGCAAGCGCGCAGGGGUGGUCCGACUUAGGCCGGCUGGUUACCAAGCCCGAGGCAGUACCAGAUUCGCCGGGCUGUUUGGCUGUUGGCUCCGCCUCGGCCGGGCCCCGCCUCACCGGAUCCCGCCUCGUCACCCCUGUUAGCGCGAUGCUCUGCCCUGUGGGAACCUGAGCUAAAGCUGCGUUGGAGGCGGACAUCCUUGGCUGCUCCAGGUUAGGAAGAAGAGCGUGCUCUUCUCCGCCUGGGUCCCGAUUUUCCAUCAGCACUGGAGGAUCUGCUAGUGCCCACACACUGCCUGACUUCGGAGCUAGAGAGCGAGAUUUCCAGAAGAAUUCCACAGAGUCAGCAGAGGCUGUGUGGCACAGACCUUCAUGAGCCGGUACCAGGCAACCCUGCUGGGGCUCGGCCUGCUGCUCGUGCUUCUCCUGUAUGUGGGCCUGCCUGGCCUGCCUGAGCAGACUUCCCAGCUCUGGAGGGGCCCCAAUGUCACAGUCCUGGCUGGUUUCACCCACGGCAACUCUCAGAUAUUUUACCGUGAGGUGUUGCCUAUCCAGCCAGCACACAGGGUGCAAGUGGUGUUUCUCCAUGGGAAGGCAUUUAAUUCCCACAUAUGGGAACAGCUGGGCACACUGCAGCUACUGUCUAAGAGGGGCUACCGGGCUGUGGCCAUUGACCUUCCAGGUUUUGGGAACUCAGCACCUUCAAAGGAAGCGAGCACAGAGUCAGGACGAGCGAAGCUGCUGAAGCAGGUGCUGCAGGACCUAGAGGUGCAGAAUGCUGUGUUGGUGAGCCCUUCCCUGAGUGGCAGCUAUGCCCUGCCCUUCUUGAUGCGAACCCACCACCAGCUCCGUGGAUUUGUGCCCAUUGCACCCACCUCCACACGGAAUUACACACAGGAACAAUUCUGGGCUGUGAAGACCCCAACUCUUAUCCUGUAUGGGGAACUGGAUCACACCUUGGCACGAGAGUCACUUCAGCAGCUCCACCACCUGCCCAACCACUCUGUGGUGAAGCUACACAACGCAGGCCAUGCCUGCUACCUCCACAAUCCGCAAGCUUUCCACCUCGCCCUUCUUGCAUUCCUUGACCAUUUGCCUUGAAUGGACUCACUUCGCAGAACUGACCUUGAAGGGUCUAGACGCUCUCUCUCCUCUUCCAGGGAGGCAGCCCUGAGUGGGAUUGGGGACAGAGGAUCAAGCCCAGCCAGGACUUUUGAUUUCAUUUCACAGGCACAAUAAAGAAAAGCCCUUUUGUCCCCCCUGGA